AUGCAGAGAUCGCGGGGGUACCUGCAGAUUGCAUGGGCUGACCUGAGUCUCCAGACAAUAAAAGACUGGCUGGCUGCUCUGAAGCCCGACGCCACACGCUGCUGGGCCGCACUCUUCUACGACUAUGUCGCUUCCGGGACGUUCGGAUCGCUUACUAGCAGCAUAGUGUUACGCAUAUCCCAGCCCAACCUGUACAUCCUCACCCCCGCUAUACCAAAGACGGCCUCUACGAAUAACAAGGCCCUUUUCCUGGCCAACAAGCCAUUCGCCAUGCCCAUUGACCUCGUUCUGAUUAGGCCAGGUCUACUGCAGAUUUCCCCAAUCCUGUUCCCUCUUGAGAAAGCCAUCUUGAGUUAUGAAUCGGGCAAUGGUUUCCCGUGGUUCAACUUUUGGUUCAAGCGUGGGCAGACGACCGUCAGCGACUUGAAGCCGGGCCUCCUUGUCGCUGGUCUUCCGAAACUCGAUGCAUUCUAUAGUGAGAUCACCAUGAGGAUAUUUGAUCAACCAUGUCCGGAAGCUGCCCUAGCUCGACAAAUCGUAAUAUGGGUAGCUUUUUCCGGACGACCUGUUACCGUUAGCGAAGUCACCGACGUCAUUGGUGCGGAAGUCAUUUCUCAAGUCAUUGCGUCUUCUCGUGGAGUGCUUGCGGGCCCAGAAUUGCUCAUCACUGUAUGUGCUGGCAUUCUUAUCAUUGACUCCAAAGCCGGUACCCUACGUCCGGCACAUGUAACGUUGGAGACAUAUCUUCAACGGAAUCAGGAGGGCAUGUUUGCUCAAGCGCAGGAAUAUAUUACGUCAUCCUCUGAGACUGCCUGCAAAGAGGCUAUCAUUGCCUUCCUUGACAACCGACAAGCCGUCGAAUCUGCGAUGCAAGCUAAGAGUAUUACUCGUGACUGGCAAUUUUACCUUCAACACCUCGAUAGCGAAUCGUAUCCUCACGGGGUGACGGGGAUCGCUUUGGCAGCCUUUUUUGGCCUCGCCACAAUAGUUGAAGCACUGAUGGAUAACAGUGUCAAUAAACGAAGUUGCAGUGACCCCGAAGGAGCACUUUUCUGGGCGGCGACAGGAUGGUCCGCUGAAGUUAUAAAGCUUUUGUUGAGGAGGGGUAUAAGUCCUAACGUACGUGGUGUCAUGAGGGCAGCAGCAGAGAACGGCUACGAGGACAUUAUUCGUAUAUUGGUCGCAAAUGGUGGCGAUGUCAAUGCUGUGUGCUAUGAAGAUGAAGGUAACACUCUUCAAACCGCUGCGAUAAAGGGCAAUGAGAGCCUAAUACUAUGUCUUCUUGAGCUCGGAGCCGAUCCCAACAGAGUUGCGGGCGAAUUAGGAAGCGUUCUUCACAUUGCAGCCGUGAAUGGUGACGAAAGUAUCACCCGCUUACUGCUAGAAAAUGGAGCAGACCCCAAUACUAAUGGUGGUAUGUACGGUUUCGCACUUCAGGCAGCUGUCGAAGAAGACCAUGAGAAUAUCAUACAGAUGUUGCUCGAUAAUGGUGCAGACGUCAAUCUCGAAGGUGGGCCUUACGGCAAUGCAUUCCAAGCAGCGGUGGAAAACGGUGAUCAAGAUAUUGUUGAGCUCUUGCUGGCUCAUGGGGCAAAUAUAAAUACGAUGAUUGGGGGUGAAAAAUAUACGGCAUUGCAAGAGGUGGCAAGACGAGGCUUAGAAGCUAUGGUGGAAUUUUUGAUUGAUAGGGGAGCCAACAUGGAUAGUCGACAGAGGAAUGGUCAAACAGCACUCCACCAGGCCGCUAAAGAAGGCCAGGCCGGAGUUGUGGCGCUGCUCGUGCAGAAAGGGGCGAAGAAGAAGAACUUUACCGAGGUGGCCCGGGUCUUAGAGGCAGCGCGUCAGCUUCGAAUCUAA